CGGCUUGUUGGGCAAUUGCUCUAUCUCACUGUCACUCGUCCGGAUAUUCAGUAUGCAGUUAAUAUCCUCAGUCAGACUGUCAUGCUCCCACACAGGUGCAUGUUAACAUAGUCGUUCAUGUUUUGAGAAAAUUGAAGCAAUCUCUUGGUCCUGGUCUCUUCUUCCCAUCUGGUUCCUCGUUGAUUCUCACAGGUUAUUGCGAUGCUGACUGAAAAGGUUGCCCACUCACUCGCCGGUCCACUACCGGGUAUUUUAUUUGUCAUCGUGGCGCCCUAUUUUCUUGGCGCACUAAGAAACAGUCUGUUGUUGCUUGCUCAUCUGCAGAGGCUGAAUAUCGGGCAAUGUCUACCACUGUUAGUGAGUUAGUCUCGCUUCGCUGGUUACUUGUAAAACUUGGGUUUCCUAUGUUUUCCGCGACACCCCUUUACUGUGACAAUCAAGCUGCGUUACAUAUUCUGGCCAAUCGUGGUUUCUACGAGCAGAAUAAGCAUGUGGAAAUGGAUUGUUACUUUGUCCAGGAAAGGGUGCUCGCCAAUCACAUUGCUCCUCGCAAGAUCGCCACUACCCAUCAACCGGCUGAUAUCUUCACCAAAGGCAUCAACAUUGCCUAGUUUCAACCAAAGUAGUCAAAAUUGCGCUUUAAAACUUCAAAUCUUACGUUUUUACCCUUUUAGGCCACCAAAACGCUUCUACAUAGAAUCACUCUUUCUCCUUACAGUUGUAGUCAAAAUAUACACUUUAAAACUUAAAAGCUUGGUUUUACGCUUUCAGCUCACCAAAGCGCUUCUAGAUAGAAUCACACUUUUAAUUGCAUUACUUAUAUGAUAAUCCCCGUGCGUUAGACGGCCGAGAUCACACUCAAUAUCGAAUUUGCGAGAGGCCUGGGCUUAGAAUAGAUAUUGGCGCGGUGCUGCCACAUACCCGCCUUGUAGAGAAUCCCAGCAAACUCAAGGCGAUACCUUGAUCCAUCGAGACCAGCAACCAAGUCAUAAUAAUGGCAUUAGACGCCCCAGUCUUCCUUGACUUCGUUCAUAGCGUCCGCAGCAAGUUCCGGAGCCGAACCAUCGAGAAAAGACAAUAAUCAACGACCUUGAAGAUGAAGCUUGAACUGAAAAGCUCAAAGAUCAUAGUUCUAACCCAUGAAGCGUUUGGAAAUCGUGUCACCCUUAGAGUUCUCCAUAGCGAUGCAAGAAACAAAAGAGACAAGCCCUGAAGCCGACGAGAAAACCGAGGAGAGCGACACCAAUCAAGAACACGAAGUCGACAAGAGGUAGCCGAAAACCCCAAAUCGCAGACACAAGCACGGACGAAAAACUUAGAGUAGGAAAACGCGAUGCUCUAAUACCAUGCCAAUUAUACGAUCAAUCAAGCAAGAACGCAAACACGAGACACGCAAUUUACGUGGUUUCCUUUACUAUGAUAGUUGAGACUAGUCCACGACACAAGGCAGAGUUCACGUUUAUUACCCACGUAUGUGACUCGACUCUACUGUCACUCCAGGAAUUGGCCAAGUGAAACCACUUCCUAAAGCGUAGUAUAGCGGGUUUGGGUUUAAUUAUCAACCCGGGUCCUAGAUUUGCUGACUACUCAGUGAGUUCUUGUUAUCUAUCAAUAAAACUGGAGUGCAAGUCUAAACUACCAAACAAACAAAGCAAGUAAACUGGUUGUAUUCAGGUUAAGAGAGGUCACCCGGAUAUGGUUCCCCCUAGACUGCAGUUAAGCCGGAUUGUAAUUACCAAGUUCAGUUUCUAUGACAGUUAUACUGCGGAAGGUUCUUAAACAGCCUGAAGUCUCGACUAAAGGUCUUCAGACCCUCUCAAUCUGACUCUCUAGCGGGCGACUAACCUCCACCGGAGUCGACAGAUUGAGGCCCUAAGAACAAAACCUCCUCUACCGGAGUAAAUCCGGUACAGAAUAGUGAGUUGGUUCCUCGACUAAAGUCACCAACUCCCUACCUUCAAUCAAGGAUACUCUAUUAACCUAGGCAGAUAUUCUCAUUCUAGGUUAAAGCAGAAACAACAGGAAUUUGAUCAGAAUUCAAGUCAUUCAAUCAUUCAAACCUCGAUCGAAUAUAAUCAAAUCAUAGAAUCAGU